GAAGGUCGCCAAAGGGGAUCACGUGACCCCAGGACACUGCAACCAUCAUAAAUAUGAGUCAGUUGCUAAGCGCCUGAACUUUGAUUCCAUGACCAUGAGAUUGCUGCAACGGUUGUAAGUGUGAAAAACGAUCAUGUCAGUUUUUUCAGUGGCAUUGUAAUUUUGAACAGUCAACAAGUGAACUGUUGUAAGUCGGGGACCACCUGUAUGUCUACCUUCCAUGAACUCUACUCUUCUAAAAUCCUGGCCACUAGAGAUGAUUUCUAAACAAUCCAUUCUCAUAGGCUUAUAUAUAUAUUAUACACACACACACACACACACAAUCUGGGAUAAAACAGGGCACUUAAAAUAUAAAAAUUAAAAAAAGAAACCUUCAUUAACAAAGUUAAAUAUAGUUUAGAAAUCAUUUAUUUUAAAUGCUAUAUUUAUUAUUUAUUUUAUUUAUUUUAUUUUUCAUAUUUGUAUACCGCCCUAUCUCCCUAGGGACUCAGGGCGGUUCACAGGCAAUUAAAAAUACAUAUAAAUACAAGUUAAAAUAACAGUUAAAAAACUUAUUCUAUAGCCCAUUAUUAAAAAUAAUAUAAAAAAUAAAAACCCGUUUAAAACCAAUAAAUUUAAAAUCUAAUCCAGUCCCGCGCAGAUGAAUAAAUAUGUUUUGAGCUCGCGACGAAAGGUUCGGAGGUCCGGAAGUUGACGCAGUCCUGGAGGGAGUUCGUUCCAGAGGGUGGGAGCCCCCACAGAGAAGGCCCUUCCCCUGGGCGUCGCCAGACGACACUGCCUAGCUGACGGCACCCUGAGGAGUCCCUCUCUGUGAGAGCGCACGGGCCGGUGAGAGGUAGCAGUAGGCGGUCCCGUAAAUAGCCCGGCCCUAUGCCAUGGAGCGCUUUAAAGAUUAUCACCAACACCUUGAAGCGCACCCGGAAGGCCACAGGUAGCCAGUGCAGUCUGCGCAGGAUAGGUGUCUAAAUUUAUUUGGCCAAUAAACCUUUCAUUACAUUGAAGGUCAUCUACAACAGCCCAUGUAACUAAGUUAGUUUCAUUAUUUUCAAGACAAUAGUGAUGUAUCUGUUUCUGAAAAUCAUUAAAAUCACUAAUGUUUCAACUCAAAUUUGAUUCCGAUUAAUUUCCCAUUGCAUACGUUCACUAUCAGAUCUUUUUUAUCUGCUCAGCAUCUUUUCCAUUCUGGCAUUCUGAUGUCUUUUUUUUUAAUAUGGAGGAUGAAAGGCAAAACAUUUGUGCCUUUCUAGAUGGUAUAAACCAAAUCAUAUCAUAUCUGUGACAUGCUAAGCUUCGUUUAUCUUUAUAAAUAUUAUGGCUUCUAUUAAACCAUUUUAUCAUGAAAGUCAAUUCCAUUGGAAUCAGUAAGAUUUAGUUCCAGGUAAAAGCUAAGCCUGAGAUUUAUAGUUCCUUGAAUAAAAAUGAGUAUAAUCUGAAUGCUCUAAAUUGUGGUCUUUUAUAGGAUCAAAUGCUGUUAACUCUGCAAGUAUUCAUCAAGGCCUUUUUUCUUUCCAAAGAAUGAGGAUCGUUUUUACUAAAAGCCUAAAACUGUGGAGGCAUUUGGUAGGAAAAUAUUAUUUCCACAUUAGAAAUGACUGCUGUCUAUUUUAAGUAUCUCUUUACACUAGUUGCCAGUAGCUUCCUUAAACAUCUAAACACGUAUUUUUAGUUAGCAGAGAAGGAAAAGUUUAUAUUCAAUGAGAUUUACAGAAAGCAAAUAGAAAUCUGACAAGCAUAUUAUUAAUCGUGCAUGCAAUUUUAUAAAUAUUCAGUGGAGGUGUCCUAAAGAUAUUAUAAAUGACCAAAUAGGUAUCGACAACUCAGUUAGUCUAAAUGCAGUAACUAGUAAUAUAUUUAGCAACAGAUCCUAAAUAAAUCAACUGGAUUCACAGCUGAAGAAUAAAUGUUUAGGCUUGAAAUGGCAAAUGUCAACUGUUUAGGUAAUUGUAACUGGAUUCUAAUGGUGAUGAUAAACAAGCGCAAGAAUAAUGUUCACUGUUGUACGUUUAUAAUUGGCUGCACCGAAUUUACUAGUACAACUCUACCAGACUGAUCCUAAAAAAUUUUUUUUAUCAAUGUGCCUUCCCAAAAGAUGGACAAAUGUUAAAGAGUUAUUGGUGAUCAAAAGAAUCGUCUCCUCAAAGAAACAUGUCUAUCUGAAAGCAGGUAGCAGGGGUGUUUGUUGGAUGUACUAUAGAGGAUAAUUUUAAUGGAAGAAUGGACUGGUGUGUUUAAAAACAGAAAAAAUGCAGACCCCAAGAUCUUGCCUUCUCUGCACAAAGUCGCUCCAAACGGAACGGUGACUUGCUCUAAAGCAAGCCGGGAGUUUCAUGCCUGGGUCGGUGGGGAAGAGGCCUAGCCCAGGGAUAACCCCGUCGUCCGUCUCUCUGCAACGCGCGGGUUUUUUGUUUUUGUUUUUACGACGGCAGACAAAACGGAGAGAGAUAAACGGGGCGCGUGGCUGGGGAGAAGGUCUGUUACCCCUGCGCGCCUCUUAUCUCGAAAAGUGCUCCGGGUGACAAAUGGGAUGAAAGAGAGAAGGGUGGUUUUUUUUUGGGGGGGGGUUGGUGUUUCUUUUUGGACCUCGCUGUUCUUGCCUGUUGUUUUCAGGCAUCCUCCUCUUCUUUCUUGGAUCAAAACUCGAGAAGGAAGGAAGGAAGGAAGGAAGGAAGGAAGGAAGGAAGGAAGGAAGGAAGUUCUCGAUGCUAAAUACACCCCAGCAACUCCCGUGAAACUGUAUUAGGAAGACGGGUUGAUGGUCAUUGGGGGCAACCCCACCGGCUUCCCAACUUUUUCUCGCGCCGAAUCCCUUUGCCUUGAGCGCACGGACUGCCGGCAGCGGUUCUUGGCGGGGAGGCUGAAGGAUCAAGCCGAACUCAGACCUUAGAAAUUAGGGUCGAUUUGAUAGGUUGUUAUCUACACUGGGCGGCGUUUACCCUAUUACACUAUUGGGUAUGGGAACGCUUUUCAUAAGCUCUGCCUUUUGUUGUGCGCGUGCCGAGAGCGAACCGAGCGCUAUUCCACCUUUUAGUGCUCCCUCCGAAGACUGUAAUUGAUUCGAAAAGGUUUCCGACUACCAGAUGUGGGGUUGGAAUGGGGACUAUGUUGACAAUGGGUCGUCGGGGGGGGGCUGUUUGGAAAAUCCCAGCACCAGCAGGAGGUUCAGCCCCCCUUCCAGCAGCCUGCAGCCCGGAAAGAUGAGCGAAGUCAGCCCGGUAGUGGCGGCAGCCCAGCAGCAGCAGCAGCAACAGCAGCAACAGCAGCAGCAGCAGCAGCAGCAGCAGCAGCAGCAGCACCAGGAGGCGGCGGCAGUGGCGGCGGUGCCCAGACUUCGCCCGCACGAUAACCGCACCAUGGUGGAGAUCAUCGCCGACCACCCGGCCGAGCUGGUCCGCACCGACAGCCCGAACUUCUUGUGCUCCGUGCUGCCUUCACACUGGCGCUGCAACAAAACUCUCCCGGUGGCAUUCAAGGUGGUGGCUUUAGGAGAAGUCCCUGAUGGGACAGUGGUCACAGUCAUGGCUGGAAAUGAUGAAAAUUAUUCUGCAGAGCUGAGGAAUGCCUCAGCUGUAAUGAAGAAUCAAGUGGCGCGGUUUAAUGACCUGAGAUUCGUUGGCAGAAGUGGAAGAGGGAAAAGUUUUACUUUAACAAUAACUGUCCUUACCAAUCCUCCUCAAGUUGCUACAUAUCACAGAGCUAUAAAAGUGACAGUAGAUGGACCAAGGGAACCACGGAACCCCAGACAAGCACAGUCAUCCCCUCCAUGGUCCUAUGACCAGUCUUACCCAUCAUAUUUGAGCCAGAUGACUUCACCAUCCAUUCAUUCCACAACUCCCUUGUCCUCCACACGAGGUACAGGGCUUCCUGCCAUCACCGAUGUGCCCAGGCGGCUCUCAGGUGCUUCAGAGCUGAGCCCAUUUUCAGAUCCCAGGCAGUUUACAAGCAUUUCAUCCCUCACUGAGAGCCGCUUCUCCAACCCACGAAUGCACUAUCCAGCCACCUUCACUUAUACACCGCCAGUCACUUCAGGCAUGUCAUUGGGUAUGUCAGCCACCACUCAUUACCACACCUACUUACCGCCACCUUAUCCGGGUUCUUCCCAAAACCAAAGUGGACCAUUCCAGACCAGCAGUACUCCAUAUCUCUACUAUGGCACAUCAUCAGGAUCAUACCAGUUCCCCAUGGUGCCGGGGGGAGACCGUUCCCCCUCCAGAAUGCUUCCUCCCUGUACCACCACAUCCAACGGCAGCACAUUAUUAAACCCUAACUUGCCUACCCAGAAUGAUGGUGUGGAGGCUGAUGGAAGCCACAGCAGCUCCCCAACAGUCUUGAAUUCUAGUGGCAGAAUGGAUGAGUCUGUCUGGAGGCCUUACUGAAAUUUUCUCUGCGGGGCAUAAAAUCUGUCAGACAGAAAGCAAACCAAUAAACAAACGAUUGUCAGCUGAUUAUAAAGUGCCUGUUUUUUUGUUUUGUUUUUGAAAUAGAUUCUGUUGAUAUGUGCAACUGAGUAGCUGGGAUGUUAACAGCUAAAUUAUAUGCAUACGACAUGAGACUGACUUUCCACAUCAUAGUUCCAGUCAAUGUGGAUCAAAGCACAGUUUGUUUUCCUCCUGGGAAUGUUGUCUCAGUUUUAUAUUUUAAAAUAUAAUGAUACAACCCCAAAAGAUGCCCAUUCUGUCUAGACUCCUUUAAAAAAAAGCGAGUUCUUUUGCCAAGAGAGGAGACAUGGACUCCUGCCAAUUGUCAAGACAACGCCUGUGCUUUAUUUGUUGUUCAAAUAAACAGAAGCAUCUUGAACUUCAGGUACGGUUGCAGUCAUACAAUCUCUAGGACCCUCACGCAUGCACAGUGUAAUUCACUCCGUGUGUUUGUGUACACAGAAAAAAAAAUUGCUUCCAUUUAUAUCAGAAUAUCUUCAGCUUACAGUAACUCCUCAGCCAUCUUAUCAAAGCCUUGCCUCUGAUGAAAGAGAAAACUUUUGAAGCACUUGGCUUUCUUCUUCUUCUUCUUUUGCUGAAAUAGCACCCUAUAAGGUACCAAGACAAACUUGUUUGUUUUGUGUUAUGUGUUUUUGUGAUUACCUUUGCCUUAGUCAAGUUAACCAAAAAAAUUAUUGGGGGAAAAUGUCCCCCAAACAAAACAAAACAAAACAAAAAACAAACAAACAAACAAACCAAAUUCUAAUUUCUUAUGCAAGGAAAAAAAAAGAGAAUGGCAAUAUAUCGUACUCAAACCAAAACAGUAUCAGUAGUAUGUGUGUGUGGCUAUCUUGUUUUAUUUUAUUAAGUUAUAAAUGUGUACAAAAUUGAGGUUAUAUGCAAAAAAUGAAUUGUCAUAUAAUUUUAAAGAAAUAUUUAUAAUUAUUUAAUGAUGUUUGGUCCCUUUAAGGUUUUUUAUAAUGUAAUGUUAUGUUGACUUCGGUCUCUAAAAAUGUCUGUUGUUUUUAAAUUGUGGCAGCCUUUGACUGGUACAGAAUAUCAGACCAUGCAUGAACUCUGAAAAGCAGUUCCAGUAUAAACUAUCUGCAAUAUGUAUUUUUUUAAAAAAAAAAAAAUUAAAUGCUUCCAUCUCUAAAGAAUUCAGGUAUAAUCAUCGUACAUUGGCUUAAUUUAUGAAGGAGGUACUGCUUUAAUUGUAACUGAAUAUGGGGUUGUCUUUUUUUAACCCGGUAAAAAUUAACUGGAAACAGAUUGAACAGGCAUUAUUUUGAAUACAUUACUCCUCCAGGAGGUGGGAUCUAAAAGUCCAUGUGGACACUUCUGCUCUUAACACGGAGCCUUUUCAUCUCUGCCCUCUGCACUGCAAAGCUCUGCCCCUCAAGAUUGGGGCCUUUAGUAGGAGGGUUUCCUGUCAAGCAGAAGAGACAUCCCCUCUCUCCCGCACAUACAUUUCAAAUAUACAUUUAUCCUAUAUACAUAUGGUUUAAUCCCAGCCAGCUUCAUUGGGUGAAAUUCAAAAGUUGUCCAUGUUUUUCAAUCAGCAUUUGGGAAACAGUAAAACAGCCCUGCAUUGACGCAAGGAAGGUUCUUCAAGAGACAUUUCAGAAUUCAUCCACUUUCAGAAUUCAUCAGUAGCUUUCUGUUUUAAGAACUCUUAAAUUAUUUUUUCAGGAACUAUACAUUAUGUUACAAGGCAUUGCAUUAAAGUGGAAUAAGCACACGUGAACCACUGCAGAGGCCCUCUGCAGUUCAAUGCUGCUGCAGCAUCUGGUAACAUAGAGUAGCUGAAGGUUGAUUAUAGAAGACAAUGCUUUCAUAAUGUCAGGCUCCGCUUUCCUAAUUGAAAAACAUGAAUAUUCCUGAAGCUCUUAAAAUCAUCAUCCAACAUUUACCAUUUAUCUUUUUUGCUGGUAAGCAAGCCAAAUUAGUUCCUUGGCAAGUAAGUGUCUUUGUCCCCAAUUAUACUGUAGUUUUUGACAAUUCUUAUUUAGACUCAUGGUAGAUAGAAUUUGGCACUUUACCCGAAAUCCAGCAACCUGUAGCUUUGUGCAUAAGCCCAAAUGAAACAGGAUGUGAGGAUGUGAGUGAAAGGUAGGGAGUACAAGAGCUCUUUAAAAGAAGGUGUCACCUUCUUGUAAUUCAUUGUCUUUCUAUCCUCUAUUUUGAUUUCCUUUGUGCUGUCUUUAGCUUGAGCUGUGUGCAACAGUCUUUUCCAUGGAUUGUGAUGCUGCUGAAACUAAGGAUAGUUAGAUGUAGUAUCUUUUGAACACCCAGUCAAUAAGAAAAUGGACGAUACAGUUGGGCAAUUUCAGUGACAGCUGAUAGCUAAGACAGCCCAAAGAAUGAUUCUACAUCCCCAUGAAUUAUUCUUGGCAAAUUAAUAUAAUUCAUUUGCUCCUUAAGUGAAAUUAUUGGCCUUCUAAAGGUUAACGAUCAAGUCCCCUUUUUAUAAAUAGGAGAGACUUUCCUGAUGUGUAAUUUUCUUCCAAAGAUGGAAGUUGCUAUUGAUCCUAUUUAUUGUUUGCGGUAGCUUGAAGCAUUUUAUCUGUAAGAUAAGUAUGUUCAUUUCAGCAGCACUUAAAAAUGCUAGUGUCUGGUUACACAUUUCAAGUUGUUUGGAAUAUUGUUGAUUAAACAAACCAAAAUAAGGACAUGAAUUGCCAGUGCAAAUGCUGUUGUGUAUUUAAGAAAAGGUACUAUAUUUGUACAUUAUUUUUAUUGCUGAGAAGGCCUUUUAAAAGAUAUACUAUAUGCAUCUUAAAUAAUUUUGUAGGGAUAUUUUUUUUGUUGCUACAGGGGCUGCAGGCAGCAACCCAAAUUCAUUUAAAAAGAAAGGAAGAAAGAAAGAAAGACAUUCUUGUACAAUUUCAAUACUGCUUUAUAUUCCUGGAUUUAAUCCAGCAUAGAUCAUUUUUUAUAUUCUGUUCUGUAGCUUCAGUAAUGUUUCUAUAUCACAUUUUGGGAUCAUUUGGGAUUAAAACUCCAGAUUGCUCAGGUGUGCAAUUUUGCUUGCCCCAAAACAUAUCCAGUUCAUGCCUUUCUACUGUUGACUGCACCAAUGAAAUGAUUUGCUUUACAGUUCAGAGUAACCAAUAAUAAUAAGAGAGUCAUAAGCACCUUUGAUAUAAGCACAAAGCUCUUCUUUAGUGUCUUUCAUGUUUUAAGUGUGCCUUAAAAAGCUCUCAGUUGGAAACAACUUUAUCCAUCUUGGGAGAUACCUAAUGUUUUGAUGGCAUCUUUAUGGAGUCUGUAUAAGCAUUUACAGAGAGAUUUUUCAAAUCUUGGCCUUGGAUAAAACACAGAAUUCACUUGUAAAUUUAGGCACAGCAAAUCCAAAGUUUAUUGGUACAAAAUAGGCACUAGCGGCUAGCCCAUGAAAAGCCCCUUGUCACAGCAUCUAGGAAGGUGCUCCAUUGAAUCUGAUUCUAAGCUAGCAGUCCCUGGGCAUGGAUUUGCUAGCCAUUAUCUCCUCCUCCCUUCUCGCCAGGCUUCAUCAAGGAGAGAUUUUUGCACUGUCAAGUUUGCCUGAUAAAUUUGCCCUCCUUUCUUGCUGGAGCCUCCAUUUCAGUCUUGGUGAGGUCAUGCAUCAGGACUCUGAGAAAAGCCAUGAACAAAAGCAAUAAUUUAAACACGAAUAAAAUAUAAACCAAAGGAAAUACUGUUUUCUAAGAGCUUUAUUUCUGUGAUAAUGUUUCAUUUCAGUAUGUUUGACCUGUCAUUUAGCCAUUUAUGUUCGUUGCAAUAUUUUUAAAUAGAUCAGUCAGAAAUCAUAUUUUACAAUACGUUUUGUUUACUAGGUACACUAAGCAAUAUUCCACAGUAUUUUUUGCUUAAAUGUGUUUUACCAGUCUUGAAUUUCUGCUGGAGCAAAAUAUUUGUAGCAUUUCCUGUAAAUACGAGCUUUAAUUUCUUUCAUUUUCCCCCAGUUGCUGUUGUCCAAGAAUUGCUUUCCAUGCACAGAUUGUACAAACACAUUCUUUUUUUUUUUUUUUGUGCCGCAGACAGCGAUUGUGGAAGGGAAGGGUUUACUUUAUCUUCAAAGGGACUGUGUGUAUUGUAUGUUGCAACUGUAAAUUGAAUUUGUUUGGCAUUCUCUCAUGAUUGUAAUAUUAAUUUUGAGGUUUGAAUCUCAUUUUCAAUAAAG